AUGCACGUAAUUUAUGCCUUGGGUUCUGUCGGCGGCGGAAGGGAUAAGCUUGUCUUUGUCAACAAUGGCUUUGUGGGCGGAGAUAUCGAACGGGUGAUCAUAGAGGUGGCUGAGCCUGCUAGAGCCACAGCAAACGUUGAGAUCUUGACGGCAGAAAGCGAACUGCGCGAUGUCUGUCGUAGCAGUCUUCGUGGGGUCUCGACAUGUAUCGCUGCUGCGGUCUUUUAUUCAUCCCCACAGGAGGGUCCUCAGGGGAUAUGGAAUUACUCUGUCCGGGCGGAUGGUGCACUGGGACAGCGUAUCAAUGUCGAUGCGAGUGCCAACGAUGAAGAGAUCUAUGUUCUCCCGUUUCAGUACUCCAUCGACAGGGCGAUCGCCUCUGUCAACACGACGAUUGACCAAUCUGCGCUUCCAACUCAGGUCCUAGAGUAUCCCUACACGUCUCUAACGAAAACGCAACGACAAGACCAGAUCCGCGAGCGGUACAUGGGCUCUAUAAUCGACAUAUUGGCUGUUGCUAUUUUCGUCGGUAUCGUAGGGGUUACCUAUCAGCUUACAGGAUUAGUGGCUUCCGAGCGUGAGCUAGGUAUGACUGCUUUAAUCGACACCAUGAUGCCGAAUCAAUCCGCUUGGGAAUCACAAGCUGCUCGGUUCACAGCAGCGCAUCUUGCUCUUGAUAUUAUCUAUGGUCCAGCGUGGAUCAUAACUGGCCUAAUCCUGAAAUUGGGUGUCUAUAUGAAGACCUCAGCUGGCAUUACCAUUGGCCUCCAUAUCCUUACCGGUUUAGCGCUGUCAUCAUUUUGUCUUUUUGGGGCGGCUUUCUUUAGGAAAGCUCAACUUAGUGGCAUAUCUGCAGUCGUUGCAUGCUUGCUUCUGGGAGUAAUAGCCCAAAAGGCUAAUAUCGCAGGAAAUGCGGCUGUUGUCAUUCUGAGCCUGCUCUUUCCACCCAUGAAUUAUGUUCUGUGUUCCAUCUUCAUGGCGCGCUGGGAAAAGCAAAACCUACCAACUAAUCUGGUUAAAGCGGCCCCAGACAACCCGUGGACAGUCCCUGCCAUUGUCUUGUGGGUGUUGCUUAUUGUUCAAAUUAUCGUCUACCCUAUAUGCGCAGCGCUCGUCGAACGUGCAUUGUACGGGGUUACUUCGAAUAACCGGAAUGUCAAGAGCUUGGGUGGAUCGAGCGCACUCAGGAUUGACAGCUUCACCAAAUUCUAUAGACCGAACUGGUUCUCCAGAAAUAUUGCUUCUAGACUGGCAAGUCGCCGGCAGACUGUCUUAGCGGUCGACAAUUUGAGCCUCGACGUUGUCAAAGGACAAAUAAUGGUCCUUUUAGGCGCUAACGGAUCUGGAAAGUCUACGACUCUAGAUGCUAUAUCUGGUCUUACCAAGAUAUCAUCCGGCCAGAUCGAUCUCAAUUACGAUAACAAUACGGGAGGGUUUGGACUUUGCCCGCAGAAGAAUGUGCUUUGGGAUAACCUCACUGUGAAAGAACACGUUUGGAUAUUCAACCGCUUGAAGGGCACCGAUCGUGUAGACGGAAACACUCAGUUGUUACAUCUCAUCGAAGCUUGUGACCUUGGCAGGAAAGCAGAUGUCCGUUCCAAAACACUCUCUGGUGGUCAAAAGAGAAAGUUGCAACUAGCAGUAAUGUUCACGGGAGGCUCAUCUAUCUGCUGCGUCGACGAAGUCUCUUCUGGCUUGGAUCCAAUCUCUCGACGAAAGAUCUGGGAUAUCCUCUUGGCUGAAAGGGGGACGAGGACCAUUCUCUUGACGACCCAUUUCCUUGAUGAAGCAGAACUCCUUGCGGACCAUAUUGCUAUUCUUUCCAAAGGAGUUCUCAAAGCGCAGGGUUCAAGCGUCGAGCUGAAACAUACACUAGGCUCAGGAUACCGGAUUCAUGUUUAUAACGUCCCAGGCUCUGGAAAGACGUCUCUUCUGCAGCUAGAGGGCACUUCGAAAGAAGUCAAAUUUGAUGAGACAGUAUUUACAGUGCAUGAUUCUUUGCGUGCUUCUCAGUUUGUGGCAAUGUUGGAGCAAGAGGGCAUUACGGAGUACCGCGUGAGCGGCCCUACAAUUGAGGAUGUAUUCCUCAAAGUCGCAGAGGAACUUGAUGUUCGUCAUCCGGCAUCUGAUGUUGAAGAAACUCUUGAUGAACAGCCAAAGCAGGAUAACCCUGAAUUGGAGAAGUCUGCUGAUGCCAAGCUUAAGCUACUGACUGGCGAACGCAUUGGGAUGUUCCGGCAAGCUUGGGUACUGUUCCUGAAGCGAGCGACCAUCCUCCGUCGCAAUUAUUUGCCUUAUGCUGUCGCCUUUCUCAUUCCUGUUAUUGCAGCUGGACUUGUCACGCUAUUUCUGAAGGACUUUAGUAGGGCCGGAUGUUCGGGUACUGACACAUACACCGCAUCUGAUCCUCAGUCUUUGACAUCACAGGAAACCUUCGAACUUCUCGCAGGACCUCCGGAGCGGAUCACGCCUGCUGCGCUCAAUGGAUAUGCCAGAUCAUUAUCAGGAUCUUCUAGUCUCCCUGGAGGAGGAGUCCCAAUCCUAACCCGCAAUGUGCAUGUGACUGGCACCAUUCAAGAUUUCGACAAUUAUCUUGAGAAUCAUAUCGCAAAUGUGACUCCUGGAGGCUUCUACGUAGGUGAUUCGCUUACUCCUCCGACACUCGUUUGGAAAGGAAAUGGUGGUAUUGCACUUUCGUCCGUGGCACUGAACGCCCUGGAUAACUUUAUCACAAACAUCUCAAUUGGUAGUCAAUUCCAAUACUUCGACAUCCCAUGGCAGCCUGACGUUGGAAAGGCGCUCCAGCUUAUUGUAUACUUUGGCUUGGCAAUGGCAGUGUACCCUGCUCUAUUUGCCCUCUAUCCCACCGUUGAACGAUUAAGGAACGUUAGGGCGCUACACUACAGCAACGGCGUUAGGAGUCUGCCUUUGUGGCUCGCAUAUCUUGCUUUCGACUUCUGUCUAGUUUUAAUCACCAGCGUGCUUGCGAUAGUUAUAUUUCGAGCGGCUUCUGACGCGUGGUACCACGCUGGCUAUCUAUUUGUGGUUUUCUUUCUCUAUGGGUUAUGUUCGACUCUUAUAUCCUAUGUGGUCUCCCUAUUCUCGCGUUCCCAGCUUGGCGCUUUUGCUUGUGCCGCUGGCGGACAGUGUGUAAUGUUUCUUAUCUACUUUAUCGCCUAUCUCUCGGUGCUCACUUACGCGCCUACGACGAAGAUCGAUUCAUAUGUCAACAUCGCGCAUUUCACAAUUGCUAUUGUGACGCCUGUUGGCAGUCUCGCCCGAUCGAUGUUCGUCUCAUUGAACAUCUUCUCUAUUCUUUGCCGAGAUAGGCAGGUCGCACCUUAUGCGGGAGAGAUCACCCUUUACGGUGGCCCUAUCCUCUACUUAAUUCUUCAGACUUUCUUCCUCUUCGGAUUGUUGCUUUGGCUGGAAAGUGGCCCGACUUUCUUUCGUUUCAGGGACAAGGGCAAGCAUAACGAUGUGGAAGAAAGACACCAUAUUGAUGGCGAUAUCUCGAACGAACUGAUGCAUGUAUCGAGUGCCAAUGACGGUCUACGUGUGCUGCAUCUGACCAAAGCAUUUGGAAAGUCCAUCGCAGUCCAAGACGUGACUUUUAGUGUCCGUAGGGGAGAAGUAUUCGCUCUUCUCGGUCCGAAUGGAGCAGGUAAAACAACUACCAUCAGCCUGAUCCGUGGUGAUAUGCAACCGUCCAAUAGCGACGGCGAGAUAUUCGUUGAAAAUGUGUCCGUGGUGAGACACCGCGCAACCGCACGCUCCCAUUUGGGCGUGUGUCCGCAGUUUGAUGCAAUGGACCAGAUGACUGUUCUGGAGCAUUUGCGAUUUUAUGCUCGCAUCCGUGGAGUUCCUGAUGUGGAACACAACGUCCGUGAAGUUAUUUUCGCCGUGGGAUUGACGCCAUACGGUAAUCGGAUGGCAGCCAAGCUCUCUGGCGGAAAUAAACGCAAGCUCUCGCUGGGUAUUGCCCUCAUAGGCAACCCUGCUGUGCUCCUUCUCGAUGAGCCAUCCUCCGGUAUGGACGCGGCGUCAAACUAGAAUUCUGGUGCAAGGCAUAAACGGAUUUUCACGGCGCUGGGCCAUGAUCUACAUUAAUGAUUAUGUAAUGAACUUAGUGCUGGCACCCCACCAAUAACAAUAACAACCACCACCACUACCAC